AUGUUGAUUGAGGAAAAAAAUCUGAGGAUACUCGACUCAAUCAAGAAGAGAGUACUUGGACUUAAAGGCAAUCUAGAGCUGACCAGAAACUUGGAGAGCUUAGAACAUAGAAGGAAAGUCGCUGAUCUUACUCUGCUUCACCGAUUCUACCACUUCCGAGCUGUUCAAGAUAAUCCAGAGCAGUCCAGAAACUUGGAGAGCUUAGAACAAAGAAGGAAAGUCGCUGAUCUUACUCUGCUUUACCGAUUCUACCACUUCCGAGCUGUCCAAGAUAAUCCAGAGCAGUCCAGAAACUUGGAGAGCUUAGAACAAAGAAGGAAAGUCGCUGAUCUUAUUCUACUUCACCGAUUCUACCACUUUCGAGCUGUUCAAGAUAAUCCAGAGCAGUCCAGAAACUUGGAGAGCUUAGAACAAAGAAGGAAAGUCGCUGAUAUUACUCUGCUUCACCGAUUCUACCACUUCCGAGCUGUUCAAGAUAAUCCAGAGCAGUCCAGAAACUUGGAGAGCUUAGAACAAAGAAGGAAAGGCGCUGAUCUUACUCUACUUCACCGAUUCUACCACUUUCGAGCUGUUCAAGAUAAUCCAGAACAGUCCAGAAACUUGGAGAGCUUAGAACAAAGAAGGAAAGGCGCUGAUCUUACUCUACUUCACCGAUUCUACCACUUUCGAGCUGUUCAAGAUAAUCCAGAGCAGUCCAGAAACUUGGAGAGCUUAGAACAAAAAAGGAAAGUCGCUGAUCUUACUCUGCUUCACCGAUUCUACCACUUCCGAGCUGUUCAAGAUAAUCCAGAGCAGUCCAGAAACUUGGAGAGCUUAGAACAAAGAAGGAAAGUCGCUGAUCUUACUCUGCUUUACCGAUUCUACCACUUCCGAGCUGUCCAAGAUAAUCCAGAGCAGUCCAGAAACUUGGAGAGCUUAGAACAAAGAAGGAAAGGCGCUGAUCUUACUCUACUUCACCGAUUCUACCACUUUCGAGCUGUUCAAGAUAAUCCAGAGCAGUCCAGAAACUUGGAGAGCUUAGAACAAAAAAGGAAAGUCGCUGAUCUUACUCUGCUUCACCGAUUCUACCACUUCCGAGCUGUUCAAGAUAAUCCAGAGCAGUCCAGAAACUUGGAGAGCUUAGAACAAAGAAGGAAAGUCGCUGAUCUUACUCUGCUUUACCGAUUCUACCACUUCCGAGCUGUUCAAGAUAAUCCAGAGCAGUCCAGAAACUUGGAGAGCUUAGAACAAAGAAGGAAAGUCGCUGAUCUUACUCUGCUUUACCGAUUCUACCACUUCCGAGCUGUCCAAGAUAAUCCAGAGCAGUCCAGAAACUUGGAGAGCUUAGAACAAAGAAGGAAAGGCGCUGAUCUUAUUCUACUUCACCGAUUCUACCACUUUCGAGCUGUUCAAGAUAAUCCAGAGCAGUCCAGAAACUUGGAGAGCUUAGAACAAAGAAGGAAAGUCGCUGAUAUUACUCUGCUUCACCGAUUCUACCACUUCCGAGCUGUUCAAGAUAAUCCAGAGCAGUCCAGAAACUUGGAGAGCUUAGAACAAAGAAGGAAAGGCGCUGAUCUUACUCUACUUCACCGAUUCUACCACUUUCGAGCUGUUCAAGAUAAUCCAGAACAGUCCAGAAACUUGGAGAGCUUAGAACAAAGAAGGAAAGGCGCUGAUCUUACUCUACUUCACCGAUUCUACCACUUUCGAGCUGUUCAAGAUAAUCCAGAGCAGUCCAGAAACUUGGAGAGCUUAGAACAAAAAAGGAAAGUCGCUGAUCUUACUCUGCUUCACCGAUUCUACCACUUCCGAGCUGUUCAAGAUAAUCCAGAGCAGUCCAGAAACUUGGAGAGCUUAGAACAAAGAAGGAAAGGCGCUGAUCUUACUCUACUUCACCGAUUCUACCACUUUCGAGCUGUUCAAGAUAAUCCAGAGCAGUCCAGAAACUUGGAGAGCUUAGAACAAAGAAGGAAAGGCGCUGAUCUUACUCUACUUCACCGAUUCUACCACUUUCGAGCUGUUCAAGAUAAUCCAGAGCAGUCCAGAAACUUGGAGAGCUUAGAACAAAGAAGGAAAGUCGCUGAUCUUACUCUGCUUCACCGAUUCUACCACUUCCGAGCUGUCCUAGGUAAUCCCACCAGUAUCUGCGAGACCUACUUGAUGGACAGACGUGGCUCGUGA